GGCCUUGUGAGUGCCAUGGCGCCGAGCUGGAGGUUCUUCGUCUGCUUUCUGCUCUGGGGAGGUACAGAGCUAUGCAGCCCGCAGCCCGUCUGGCAGGACGAAGGCCAGCGCUUGAGGCCCUCAAAGCCACCCACCGUAAUGGUGGAGUGUCAGGAGGCCCAGCUGGUGGUCAUUGUCAGCAAAGACCUUUUCGGUACCGGGAAGCUCAUCAGGCCUGCAGAUCUCAGCCUGGGCCCUGCAAAGUGUGAGCCGCUGGUCUCUCAGGACACGGACGCAGUGGUCAGGUUUGAGGUUGGGCUGCACGAGUGUGGCAGCAGCUUGCAGGUGACUGAUGAUGCUCUGGUGUACAGCACCUUCCUGCGCCAUGACCCCCGCCCUGCAGGAAACCUGUCCAUCCUGAGGACGAACCGUGCGGAGGUCCCCAUCGAGUGUCACUACCCCAGGCAGGGCAACGUGAGCAGCUGGGCCAUCCUGCCCACCUGGGUGCCCUUCAGGACCACGGUGUUCUCCGAGGAGAAGCUGGUGUUCUCUCUGCGCCUGAUGGAGGAAAACUGGAGUGCCGAGAAGAUGACGCCCACCUUCCAGCUGGGGGACAGAGCCCACCUCCAGGCCCAAGUCCACACCGGCAGCCACGUGCCACUGAGGCUGUUUGUGGACCACUGUGUGGCCACGCUGACGCCGGACUGGAACACCUCCCCCUCUCACACCAUCGUGGACUUCCACGGCUGUCUCGUGGACGGUCUCACUGAGGCCUCAUCUGCUUUCAAAGCACCUAGACCUGGACCAGAGACGCUCCAGUUCACCGUGGAUGUGUUCCAUUUUGCUAAUGAUUCCAGAAACACGAUCUACAUCACCUGCCAUCUGAAGGUCACUCCGGCUGACCGAGUCCCGGACCAACUCAACAAAGCCUGUUCCUUCAGCAAGUCCUCCAACAGGUGGUCCCCGGUGGAAGGGCCUGCUGUUAUCUGUCGUUGCUGUCACAAGGGGCAGUGUGGUACCCCAAGCCUUUCCAGGAAGCUGUCUAUGCCGAAGAGACAGUCUGCUCCCCGCAGUCGCAGGCACGUGACAGAUGAAGCAGAUGUCACAGUGGGGCCUCUGAUCUUCCUGGGCAAGACGAGUGACCACGGUGUGGAAGGGUCCACCUCCUCCCCCACCUCGGUGAUGGUGGGCUUGGGCCUGGCCACCGUGGUGACCUUGACUCUGGCUACCAUUGUCCUGGGUGUCGCCAGGAGGCGUCGGGCUGCUGCCCACCUUGUGUGCCCCGUGUCUGCUUCCCAAUAAAAGGAGAAACAUGA